AAACAACUUACGGAGAUGGGUUCUACAGAGGACAGGGGAGAGAGGUUCGAAGGAGAUGUAAGACUACGAGGCUUAAUAAUUCGUCUUUGCAGUGGGCUUGAUAAUUCUGGUAAGACUACGAUUGUGUUGAAGAUCAAAUGGAGAGGACACCAGCAUAAUCAGUCCCUAAGGGAGGCUUGCUGGAACAAGAUUUACAAGGAUAAGCCUUUCCGUAGUGACCGUGGUCAUGAUUCCCUUUCUUCAACUUUCAAUCCCUGCAAUGAGGCUUCAAAUCUGUUGAAGGAGACGACGAUGGCCUCUGUUGUAGGAGAUGUAAGACGUAGAUGGCCUCUGUUGAAGGAGACAAAGAUGAAAUCUGAGGAAGGAGAUGAAACACGAAGAUGGCCUCUGUUGAAGGAGACGAAGAUGGGUUCGAGGGAGAGCUUCGGGGAGAAGAGAGAAGGUAGAAUAAAUGUGAUUAUACCGUAAC